UAGUUGUUUGUAGCCGAGGUUUGGUCAAGUUUCGUUUGUCAGAGUAGGUAUAUCAUUUGGAAUAGUGGUGGGUGUUCGCGGUGCCGAGUCGGCUAGUUAGCAUGUAUCUAAUAAUGUGACAGAGCAGUUUCAUGUUUUCUAUGGCAGUGUAAAAGUUUGUGUAGUAUUGAAUCGAGUCGACCAAUGCGUUCGUUGGGAGGGGCAGACGAUUCAACAAACGAUGUCGGAGUUCGAAAUAAUUGUUAAUGUAGUAUGUGUGUGACAACGAGAUUGACAACAUGGAUACGUCUGACCUAGGAGGAGCGAGUAAACGAUCUGAUCGAUGAGGAAAAAGAUUGUGAUCAACAAAGUGUUUUCGACGAACCACACGAGUUACGAUUGUCUGCGAUUUUCAAGCUAUACGAUUUCGAACGCCAUCGUAGGACGAGGCAGAAGACGAUUUUCUAGUUUCAGCGAGAAUUAAUCUAGUCAAAUGGGUAAAAUUGGUAUCAAUUGCACACCACCUGCAAUCGAAGACUUCCCACAUGACAUCUUCGACGAGAAGCAGCGACAAGAUGGAGCGGUGGUUGUUCACGUUAUCGUGUCCCUGUACCUUUUCAUCGCUUUAGCAGUAGUAUGCGAGAAGUUUUUCGUACCUGCAGUAGAAAAAAUAUGUCACGCACUUUCGAUGUCAAAAGACGUUGCCGGUGCUACGUUUAUGGCAGCGGCGACAUCCGCUCCUGAGCUUUUCGUGAACGCCAUCGGGACCUUCAUCACUGAGGGUGACAUCGGCGUGGGAACCAUCGUAGGGUCAGCCGUUUUCAAUAUCCUUGCGGUUCCGGCUUGUUGUGGAAUCGGAGCUGGAAUGGUUGUUCCUCUGGACUGGUGGCCCGUGAGCAGAGAUUGUCUCGCUUACGGUGUUACCGUGGCGAUCUUGAUUUGCAUCAUCCACGACGAACGCGUCGAGUGGUACGAGGCAUUGACGUUGGUCCUGCUUUACAUCGUAUACAUUGCUGUUAUGUACUGGGACAAGUCCUUCCAACGUUGCGCCAGGUUUGGUACAAAAAACAGCCAACUUUCGUCGGACGACGGUCAUAUAGCAGCGGGAGACGCUGGAGAACUUCAUUUAUCCAGACCAGAUAAACUUCAACCACCAGGCGACCGUGGAGAACAAAUCGCAACGAUCGAAGUCCCCCUACAGAAUGGAGGGACGAAAACACAGGAAGAGAAUAUUGAGCCGGAAUAUCAAUACGAACUGCUCGUGUGGCCGGCCCGUGGUGGUUGGAUCAGAAAAACUGCUUGGAUUCUAACAUGGCCAAUACAUUUGAUUUUCAUGUGUACCAUCCCAGAUUGCGAGAAGCCUCGUUUUAAGAAUUGGUUUCCAAUCACAUUUUUAAUGUGCAUUAUAUGGAUCGGAUCUUUGAGCUACGUUGUGGCAUGGAUGAUUACCAUAAUAGGGGAUACGCUGAAGAUACCAGACUCGGUGAUGGGUAUUACUUUCCUUGCCGCAGGAACCAGUGUUCCAGAGGCAGUUUCGAGCGUGAUCGUCGCCAAGCAAGGGCACGGUUCUAUGGGCAUCAGUAAUUCCAUCGGAUCCAACACUUUCGACAUCCUUCUCUGUCUGGGUUUACCAUGGCUGAUAAAAUCUUCAUUCUCUCCAACGCAACCUGGAAAACAUUACAUCAGUAUAAACUCCGGAGGACUAGAGUACAGCGCUAUUUCAUUACUGUCGACGUUGAUGCUCCUCUACAUAGCGUUUGCGUCGAACAAAUUCCAAUUAGACAGGAAGGUCGGUCGGGCCUGCCUGUGCAUGUACGCCGUCUUCCUGAUUCUUGCAUCUCUGAUCGAGCUCAACGUAUUCUUCAGGGUGAACUUACCCACCUGUCAGAGGACGGUCAAUUGAUCGUAAAUAUAUAUUCUAUAAUAAUACGCGUCGAUCAACUUCAUUUUCAUAUAUGUAAUAGUAAUCCUUCGGGGGUAAGUCUAAAUGAUAUGUCUCAUACGACGGGAAUGUUUUAAGUGGAGGUGCUUAUUAUUGACUACAUGAGAUUUUUUUUGUGUGUACAGUUUUAAUUAUGUUAUACGUAAAAGAAAGAAGAAAAAAAAACGAAGAGCAAGGAAAAAAUAUAAAAAAAUUAAAAAAAAAAAAAAAAAAAAAAAAAAAGGUAAAAAAAUAUAACGUAACACAAUAUUUUAUACUUCUGUCAUGUAGCGUAUGAUAUCGAGUUAAUAGGUAUUGCAUUACUUUUAAAUCAUAACACCGUUGUAAUAAUUAUAGGUAUAGGAGAUAUAAUUUAGAGUUGAAAAAAAAAAAAAAAUUAAGGAAAAGAACAGAACGAAAAAGAAAAAGAAAAACACAGAUAACACGAAAUAAUUUGUAUUAUGUCGCUCACCACGGGAUUCUAAAAUUACAGUUUAUAUGACAGACA